AUGAGUAAAAGAACCCUCAUGACCUCUUCUUCCUCCAACACAACCUCCCAGAAAACUGGACCUUCAACCAUGUCAGGGAAAACAUUCUCGGCGCUUGGAAACCUCGUCAAGCUUCUCCCCACCGGCACCGUCUUUCUCUUCCAGUUCCUCAUUCCCGUCGUAACCAACAACGGACACUGCACCACUCUCAACAAGUACCUCACCGGAGCGCUCCUUGUGGUGUGCGCUUUCAACUGCGCCUUCUCUUCCUUCACCGACAGCUACACCGGCAGCGACGGCGAGCGCCACUACGGCAUCGUCACUGCCAAGGGGCUGUGGCCUUCGCCUGCUUCGGAGUCCGUUGACUUGUCCCUGUAUAAGCUCCGGUUCGGGGACUUCGUGCACGCUUUCUUCUCGUUGGUUGUGUUCGCUGUGCUGGGAUUGUUUGACACCAACACUGUUCAUUGUUUCUAUCCUGAAUUCGAGUCCAGUGAGAAGCUUCUGAUGCAGGUGGUGCCUCCUAUUAUUGGAGUAGUUGCUGGCUCUGUGUUCGUUAUUUUCCCCAAUAAUCGCCAUGGAAUUGGAUACCCUACCAGUUCUGAUUCCAACGAAACUUCCCAGAAGUCUGAGACUUGA